AUGGAAGCUAAAUGCAUUGGUUUAAACUGCAAAACCUCAUUGAAAUACAAAUAUGCAGUUGGCGAUAAAAGAUAUUCUCGAUAUGUACAAGAAUGGAUGAAACCCCUGUUGGAAGCUGAUGGUAUUGCAACAACUGAUGUUGGGGAGGCAAAGAUGUGCCCAAAGUGUUAUACUAGAUAUUUAAGCAAGCGUCCAAGGUCAGAGCCCAUGGUAGAUGACUCAAAUACAUAUGAGUCUAAGAAGAGCAACUGCAAUCCUGUUGAGGAAGAAAGUGUCUCAAUCUGUCCUACGGUUGAUGACCUCUUUUUCACUCCAUCCUCCCACAGGAAAUGUUGCCUUUGCCUUUCAUAUACUGAACAAACUGCCACAAUUCCUGAAAAGGCUAGGUUCCAAUUGAUCUUGUUUCACAGGAUAUGGGUCUCUAAGUCUGCGAGAUCAUGCGCAGACCACUUUAUUGGGAAAGACUUGGAUCCUAAUUUUCCAAUUACUGCUGCUGGAAGGGAAAAGUUGUCACUCUAUCUUCCAGAUAAACAUGAAGAGGUGAUCAAUGAUCUUCUGAGAUUAUCGUACCAACUUGGUAGUGGAAAGACAUCCUUUUCUUUCAAUCUGAAAAAUAUGGAUGACCAAGACUGUCUGGCUUGGACUGGGUGGAACAUGGAGCAGCUGCAAGAGCUUCAUAGCCGAUGUGCACAUCUAAUAUCUUCCCAGUGUUUGUCAACAGAAGAUUGUCCUCUCUUGUUUUGGGUCAAACUCAAAACGGACAUAUCCUAUACACAGUUGGCAUCCCUAUUCAACCUGCAUAAAUCCAGUGUCAGUAGAAUAUUCCACAAUGUUGCUCAAUCUCUCGAGGCAACAGUUGUUCCCUUGUAUCUUGGAUCUGAACAUAUUUCUAGAGAAAACGCCAUCAACCAUAACACUGCAUUCACCAAGACUUUCUUUAGUGAUAAUGUCACAUUUGUUUUAGAUGGAACGUACAUCUAUAUUGGAAAGAGUGGCGAUCACGAGUUUCAAAGAAAAAGUUACUGCGGGCAGACAAAAAGAAACUAUAUUAAAUUUAUGAGUGUAGUUUUCCCAGAUGGAUACGUCUUGGACACGGAUGGGCCAUUUUUUGGGAGUGAAAAUGACGCCACAAUAACCAAGAAAAUCCUUGACGGAAUUGAAAGCCUGAAUCCUCUCCUGCAGCCAGAGGACCAUAUCAUCGUAGAUCGUGGAUUCAGGGAUGUUCUGAAAGACAUCUCUGAAGUGGGAUAUGGACAUCACAUGCCAUCCUUUCUCCAGCCAGGAAAGAGCCAGCAUGAUUCUCUUGAAGCCAACACCGAUUGA